AUGGUAGCCUUUGCUGGGGUUGGCUCCCGGAUCGGCUCGUGUCAGAAUGAUUCGUCCAGCUAUCGCGCCCGUCAUGUACGAGAUUCAAGUCAGGACAUGUUGAUCCAGCAUCACAACGACUUUCUCAGCUGCGGCCUUUACACUCUGCCCCGUGCCCACCAGGAUCCCUCCUCUUUGCAUGCAAACCCAGCAGUCGUCACGUACGCCAAGAACGCAGCACCUUCAUCGGGCAUCUCUCCAUCUCCCCCAGCUACAUCAUCAUCAUCAUCAUCGCCGUCGUCGUCGUCCUCCUUCUCAUCAACGACACCCCCUCGGCCGACUUCACCCCCGUCGCCGCAGCGUAAAGCUCCCGCGUCUUCUGGCUCCAGCAGCACUGGUCCCCAACGCAAGCGCGCAGCUUCCUCACCCCUGGCACACGUGCAUCCCGACAGCGAGGAUGCACAGGUCGCUAUCAAGCGGCGGCGGAACACCAUGGCCGCGCGCAAGUAUCGCCAAAAGCGCCUCGACCGCGUGUCCCAUCUCGAAGACGCUCUGGCCAGCGUCACCGGCGAGCGCGACCACCUCAAGCUGCCGCUCGCCAGGCGGGAGGCACAGGUUGAAGCGCUCCGGGAAAUGCUGCUGCGGAAGUGA